UGUACAGUGAACUCUCUCUGUAGUCCAGCUGUCCAAAUAACCCCGCCCCACCGGAGCUACCGUAGAUCUGCGAACAUCUCAUCGGUGCCCAUCGGAAAGGUACGUUGGCAUUUCAUCGAACACCUUUCCAUCUCAUUUUUUUUUUGAAAUUGUUUAUCAAUUGAUUCGACGCCUGAUUGUGAUUUCAAAUUCAGUUCUGCUCCGGUUUAUUCAAAUUACGAUUUUGAUUACAGCUGUUGCCGCCGCAGAUUCCAUGAAAUCUACUGCGUUGUGGCUCCCCUUUCGAAACUGAAGAAGAUGUUUAGCAGAUCAAUGGUAAUUUCGGGUGUGCCCUAAAUAAUUGAAGUUUUCAAAUGGAGCCCAAAUCGCCUUCGAAAUCAAAAAUUCAAAUCACAGGGCUUUCGUACAAACCCAGAUCGCGCCAAUUUGUUAUAAUCACCCUUUCGAUAAUCUUAAUUUUGGGAGUAAUCGGUGGAUAUUUAUUUUUCAAAGAUCGAUUUUUUUUGUCUGAAAACAUGAGCACAUAUUUCACUGUGGUGUUGGAUUGUGGUAGCACCGGCUCGAGGGUAAACGUGUAUGAAUGGAUGAUCAGAAACGGAAGCAAAGUUUACGGAACUUUACCCCUUUUGUUGCGUAUUUACCCCGAUAACGCGAACAAGAGCAAUGGCUGUCGGUAUCACUGCAUGCAAACCGAGCCCGGAUUGCAUAAUUUCGUGAACAAUGUAUUCGGUGUGAGGGGCUCGAUACAGCCGUUGAUUAGAUACGCAGAACAACGGGUACCUUUGGAGAAACGUGCUUCAACGCCUAUAUUCGUUUUAGCGACAGCGGGAAUGAGGAGAUUAGUGGCCAAAAACGCUAAUCGGGUUUUGGCGGAAGUUGAAAAUGUCGUGAAAGAGCAUGGGUUUCUGUAUAACAAGAAUUGGAUUAGGGUUUUGAGUGGGAAAGAAGAGGCGUAUUACGGUUGGGUUGCUCUUAAUUACAAAACGGGAGUGCUCGAAAGUUCUUCGAAGAAGAUUCCCACGUUAGGGCUUCUUGAUUUAGGCGGCUCGUCGUUGCAAGUUGUGGCUGAAAUGGAUGCUUCAACGAAAGACAAGCAUGCUUUAAGGUCGAAAAUCGGGACGUUCGAACAUGAUAUUGUAGCGUAUUCGUUACCAGCUUUUGGGCUCAACGAAGCUUUCGAUAGGACAAUUGUUAUGCUUAGUCGUACUCGGGCGAAGAGGGAAAGUGUUGGUGGCGUUUUUGAGAUUAGACAUCCUUGUCUCGGUUCUGGUUUUGUCAAAAAUUACACGUUUGUAGUUUCUAGAAAUUCGAGCAAUCGUGUACAUGAGGAGAAAAACGAGUUAAAUCCCGUUUUUCUCGUCGGGGAACCGAAUUGGGAGAAGUGUGGAAUAAUCGCAAGGGCGGCCGCAAUUAAUUCUAGCAAUUCGGAGUCGUCGCACCAGCUUUAUAAUUCAAACUGCAUCGGCUUGUUUUCUUACGGAGGCAAUAAAAAGCUCAAUUUAACGAAAAACUUGCAUGCCGUAUCGAGAUACCACGCAUUAUCCGGUUUUUUUGCCGUAUACAAUGCGCUAAAUUUGAGCCGAAGGGCGAAUCUGACUACGAUGUGGGAGAUGGGGCAGAACUUAUGCUCAGGUCAGAAACGAAUCAACGGUCAAGAUUGCUUUCGACUGCCUUAUUUGAUUUCACUUAUAGAAAAUGCCCUUUGUUUGAGUGACGUGGAAAUAAUAUUCGGGCCUGGAGAUAUUACUUGGACGUUAGGCGCUUCGCUAAUCGAGACGGAGUUUCUAUGGCUUCACUCUGGAAAAUCGAGAAACGGCGUUUUAUUUCUGAAAGAUAGUAUAACGGUUAUACCUUCGACAUUAGUCACAUUUGUUUUGCUUUUAUUUCUUAUGAUCAUUGUUUAUAGUUGUCAAGUUAAGUUGCCUAUGUUGGGACGAAAAAACGUUGUCGCAAAAACAUCUUAUUUUUGUCCGAAAUGCCAGCCGAAUUAAAUAAAUUGUAGCUGCAUUGAUUUA